AAUGGCGCGAAAUUAGGGGCACUGCACACCUUCAUUGCACCAUACACCACUUUCUCUCUCUUCUCUCUCUCUUCUCCUCUGUUCAUCCCUUCAAAUCUUUCAAUUUUCUGUUGGACAAACCGCAUCCGUAGCGAACUUCCCAACUUCCCAAACCCACGAAAUAAAUGUAAAAAUAAGACCGAACAUUCAUUCAAAUCUCCCGUUUCAGUUACACAUUCUGCUCUGCACAGAAGACGAAGGGGGGAAAACUCGAAUUUCUUUUCAAUACCUCCAAAUUUCGAACUGGGUUCUCGUUACUUUCUUCUCUCAGUCUCCAAUGCUCUGGAAUUUCCGAUGACUUGGUGAAGACUUUGCGUAUAAUGGUGUUGGGUGUGGCGGUGGAUUUUGAGGGCUCAUAAAAAUGGACAAUGUUGCGUCCCCUCUUACCGCCAUAGCCGAGUCCUUCGAAUUGCUUGCCAAAUUAGUGGUUUCUUUGAAGGAUUCCUCUGAAGAACUCCGAUUGGAUAUGCUCUGUGAUGCUUGUUCUCUGGUCUCUGUGCUUUUCAGUUCCCUUGGCCUCGCCUUCAAAUUCGCUGAGUUAGAGUAUGUCUCCAAGGUUCACGAUCUUGCGGAAGCUUCCAAGAAGCACGUGACUGUGCCUACAAUACUUGAUGCUGAUGUUGCAAAUGACACAGUUAAGACACCCGGAAGCCAUUCUCGCAAUCUGCGUCGAGUUAGACAAGGAUUGGACCUUAUUAGAGCUCUGUUUGAACAGUUCAUGUCCACUGAUGAAUACUCGUUAAGGGAUGCGGCCUCAACAGCUUAUGCCCAAGUUUGUGCACCCUACCACAGCUGGACAGUCAGAACAGCAGUUUCUGCUGGAAUGUAUACUCUUCCAACGAGGGAGCAGCUCCUGCUAAAGCUCAACGAGACCAAUCAAUCAGCAGAGAAGAAAAUGAGAAGGUAUAUUGAUGCAUCGGGUCCGGUCAUAGAAUAUAUUGACAAUCUUUACAUUUCUAGGAAAAUCACCUUGGACUGGUGACUUUCACCUCCUUCCAUAGGCAACCCAUUCUUCACUAUCCUGUCGAAGCAGCUGCUCAUCUCAACUGAGAUGGUAAGGAGAAAAAAAAAAACAAAAAAAGAAGAGCCUUUUGAGGGCUCUUCAAACAGAUUAUACAUUAUAUGUCGAACACUUUCAUAAAAGUUUCUUUGUAAUACACAUUUUGUUUAGUGUUAUUUUC